AUGCUACAGCGCAUCUCGCGCGCCACGCUCGCGGCUCUCCUACUAGCCUCUAUCGCGAGCGCUCUCGCCCACGGCGAUGACCAUGAGGAUAUGAAUAUGGAUAUGGACAUGGGCGCCUCUCACGAACAGGCGCAACCGGAGACAAACGACGACUCGCCCAUGAGCUACUUUGCCUACGGGCAGUACACGGGAUGGAUCGUGGCACAUAUUGCGCUCAUGGUUCUCGCAUGGUGCUUCGUGCUACCAACAGCUGUGAUGUUGAGCAUCGCGCGGUCCCGCUUGGCGCUCCUGUCGCAAUUCGUUUUCCUCGUGCUGAACGCGGUCGGUUUGUUCGUCGGUAUCGUCUACAAUACCCAGACCCCCGAUCUCUAUGAGAACAAUGUCCACCACAAGAUUGGAUGGGUCGCGACUUGGGUGAUCGCGGCGCAGAUCGUGAUGGCGCUGAUCUUCGCCUAUGCCGGUCGAGGCGAAAAGGCCGAGAACGCCUAUGAACGCGCGCAGUUCCUACCCGUGUCGACUGACGACAUGGCUGAGAGCCCGACUACCUUCCCUGCCGGCAUUCGCCAUGAAUACCGCUGGUCGAGGGACAGCGGCCAGGGCACUGAGCGGAACACGGCGUCUCUUCACAGUCGCGCGAGCUCGUCUUGCCCUUCGCCUUCCGAUGAGUAUGACGGCUUCGAGAAACCAGAGGAGGAUAUUCCUGAGUCACCUUCCGAGUCCCGCGGCUUCAUGCGCACCGGCGUCCUCGAUCGUUUCCUCGCCAAGCGCGUCCCGACCUUGGUCUCUGCCCGCGCCCUUCGGAUCCUCAACUUCGUAUACAAUGUCAUCGAUAGACUGAUUCUGCUGCUCGGUACCAUUGCGCUUGUCACCGGUUGCGUGACUUACGGCGGUGUUUUCCGCGACAGGGAAGUCUUCAACGGCCUGGCACACUUCAUCAAAGGCAGCAUCUUCUUCUGGUACGGGAUCCUCACUCUCGGCCGGAUGAUGGGUUGCUGGGCGGAUUUGGGCUGGGCCUGGAACGUUAAGCCUCCGCGCGAGAUUGUCGGCUGGAAGGCCAAGAUUCGCAGUGGUGAAUUCACCGAGUCGGCGGUCAUCUUCUCCUACGGCGUGAGCAAUGUCUUUCUCGAGCAUCUCAACGGUUGGGGUGGUGCUUGGACCGCUACCGAUUUUGAGCACGUAUCGAUCGCCGUCCUGUUCUUCGGUGGAGGCCUGUGUGGUAUGCUUCUCGAGUCGAGGCGCCUCAAGAGCUGGCUGAACAACACCAUCCUGCGUGCUCCUACUCACCUGGAAGCGGAAACCGCCCACGCUUGGAGCGCGCCCGAUACCCAGGAGGUGUCGCUUAACCCGAUGCCGGCGCUUAUUAUCCUGCUUCUGGGUAUGAUGAUGGGAGGACACCACCAGACUAGCAUGGUCUCCAGCAUGGUCCACAAGUCGUGGGGUAAUAUGCUGAUUGGCUUUGCCUUGGCCCGAGGCGUGACUUACGUCUUGAUGUACCUGAAGCCGCCAAGUUCGUACCUGCCUUCUCGCCCGCCGACCGAGAUUGUCGCCUCCUUCUGCUUGAUUUCUGGGGGUCUCAUCUUCAUGCUGAGUGCUCGCAACGUCGUCGAAGCAUUGGAAUACUACGAGCUCGAUGCCAUGUUCGCUACCAGCAUCGCGAUGGGCUUGACCGUCUUCAUCAUGGCUUGGGAAAUCAUCGUCAUUUCCAUCAAAGCCUGGGCCGUCAAGCGGCAGGCCCGGCGGCAGCUCGCUCCCUACCGGUUCCCCGCGUAA